AUGCCUCAGGUUAAUCGUUCGUCUUCUAUCCCUGACUACAAGGAUCUGUACUUUGCCUACGGAAGCAACAUGCACCUUCAACAGAUGGCAAAGAGAUGCCCUGACAGCACAAUCUUCGGGAUAGGAAGACUUCGAAGCUAUAAAUGGCAGGUCAACACUCGUGGUGGGGGGAACGUUGUAGAAGGGGACGCCGGGGACUCUGUGGAGGGUAUCGUCUUCAAAGUUUCCUCAAAUGACAUCGAAAAAUUAAGAUUCUGUGAAGAAGUCGAAAAGCAAUACUUUGUGGAGAAAAGGCUUGCCAUUGACACGCAGUGCAUCUUGAAUCCGGAACUUAGGGAUCAGAGGACUGUUGAUGUUGUUGAAAUUCUGGCACAAAACUCUGGCUCUGGCAAAUGCACAAUUUUAGACGAAGUGGAGCAAACGCACUUAAAAACAAUGAAUGAAGAAACAGAUCAAAUGGAACGACGUUUGUCUCUACCAAAUCCAGACAAGACAGGCGAGCUUGAGGUUACAAGUUUAGGCAAGUUGGCUUACUGCUCGCCUACAACAAUUUAG